UGAUUAUUAUUUAUUUUAUUUGAGAUAAUUUAUAAAAUUAUAUUUUUUUUCAAUUUCAUUCUCAUUCAACUUUUUAAUUUGUAAGAUUUGUUCAUCAUUAUUUUAAUAAAUUUAGAAAAAAUAAAACAUUAAUAAGUUAUUUUGCAGCUCAUUUUCCAUGACAUAACCAAACACUGGAAAAUGUUUUCCUACUUAUUUUCCAUUACACUACCAAACAUCAGAAAAUAAUUCACUUUUCCGGAAUUCACUUUCUCGAAAUUUACUUUUUUAAAAAAAACUACUUUCCAGCAAACAAACGGGAUCUUAAAAACAUUGCGGAGGCUUGGACAAAUAAAAGAUAUAUUGAUAGAAAAAAUAAUAUUUUAAAAAUUCAAAACAAUAUAUUUUUUCAUGCUUAAUUACAAUGAUAAAAAAAAGAAAAAAAACUCGGAAUCUGAUUUUUUUUUUUUAAAAAAGAAUCGUCCGCUUCGUAGCCCGAGAUUCUGGUAAGCCGUCAUUGCAGGUAGACAAGGGGGAUUUGCUCGUGACAGUCUGACUUACUUGUGCUUUCUGUUUAAGGCCAGGCAAGGUGAGCCACUUGUUUCAUGAAUCGCUAUUGUCCAUGUAAGGUCCAUCUUCGUUUUCUGUCAUUCACCUUGGGACCCCUUUACCCUACCACCCAAUCCACACCAGCGACAUUCCCACAUCCCACCAUUCAUUUCUCAGAUACUUCCAUCUCUUCUACUUCAUCAAAUCCCAUCACCUCGCACUGGACGUGUCGUCAACGUCCACGUGUCGACAACCCCCUUCACCCCCCCAACUCACAGACUAGAUAAACCACCCAACAAUGUUCCAACAACUCUCUUCAAAUGUUGGGCUCUGGCGACCUCACCAGCAACCUCAGCCGGCAGUCAGAGCCGAGCCCGUCUGAGUCAACAACACCAAGAGUCCUAACCAUAUUAUCUCAUGUGAUAGAGAAGCUGGUGGCUAGAAAUGACAAGCUUGUGGAUGACAUGGAUAAAAAGCUAGAUGGGGUGAGCUCUGGUUUGGCUAGGGUCGGGAAGAGCUUGAAUGUGUUCCAUGGUGUGAGGGCUCCUAACAUAAGCAUAGUAAAGUACUUGGAGAGACUUUACAAGUACACAAGCUGUAGCCCAUCGUGUUUUGUGGUCGGAUAUGUUUAUAUAGACAGGCUGACACAUAAGCAUCCCGACUCUCUUGUGAUUUCACUGAAUGUACAUAGGUUGCUUGUUACAAGUGUCAUGGUUGCUUCUAAGAUGCUGGAUGAUGUGCACUAUAACAACGCAUUCUAUGCACGGGUUGGAGGAGUGAGCAAUGCAGAAUUGAACAGGCUUGAAAUGGAAUUCCUUUUCCUCUUGGAUUUUGGGGUUGUGGUCAGUUCUCGAGUCUUUGAGAGCUAUUGCUCGCACUUGGAGAAAGAGAUGAUGAUAAAUGGUGCGUCACAAAGAAUUGAAAGGGCCAUCGUCUCCAAUGCUGUUGAUGAUGUUACAGAGUUAUCAGUUGAAGAUACUCAAAGUUCUUCACCCCCUCAAGGAAUGGACUGACCUGAGUUGCUAUGUCUACAUUUUCUUUUCAUUGGCUUAGUAAUUCUUGUAACUUUGGGCACUUUAUCAUGAACUACGUUCUUGUUUCUUCAA